UGUUCUUGUUGUUGUUGUUUCUAAGAAGCAAAGGAGAGACAGUGACUAAAAAACUACACAAAAUCCUAGUCCCAUUAACAUGUGCUAAGUUUUUCAACCCUCUCCCAAUCUCCCUGAUUUAACAUUCAUUAAAAUCAAAAUCAAAUCUUGAAGCCUUUUUUGUCUAUUAAACCCAAAAGAGAGUGGCCUCCACCUCCAACCCAUCUCUUCAAGAAACAACAAGAUUCUCCCAAAUACAGCUUGGAAGAAAAAAGUGUCUCUUUUGAAAAAAACAACUCACCCCCAUUCACCAAAACCCUCACUUUUUUUUCUUUAUUCCUUUGCAAUUUUUUUCAAUUUUGGAUUCCCUCCGUCACUUUCCUCAUCUCAGAACCAAACAAGGAGAAAGAAGAAACACCAUCAUCAUUUUUUCUGCAAUGCCUAAUUUCUGAGAUAGAAACCCUAAUUUUGAAUUUCUGACACCUGAAUUGGGUGAAAUUGAAAGAACAAACCCAGAAGCUAGAACCGUGAAUCUGCAUCGAAACAGAGGAAGAAAAAUCGUGGGCACCCUUCAAAAUCGCAUUUUUUCCCGUGGAGAUGUCUCAGCUGAAGCAAAUGUCGCACACCGAUAGUGCCCCUUCGACGCCGGGGAAGUUCAAGAUGGAGAAGGCCUCCUACUUCAACCGCGCACGGUGGCACGCCUCGCCGGCGAAGCUCGCCUUGUGGUCAAUCGUUUUCUCGGCGGCGAUCUUGAUCUUCUUUUUCCGGUCGCCGGCGACGUCAUCUAUCUCCGCUGAUCCCUCCCGGCGUUCCCUCAGGACAUCCAACUGGGGCGGUCCGGUCUGGGAGAAGAAGGUUCGGUCCUCUGCCAGGGUCCGGUCCAGGAAUGGAUUCUCCGUUCUGGUCACCGGCGCCGCGGGUUUCGUCGGGACACAUGUGUCCGCCGCCUUGAAGCGCCGCGGUGAUGGGGUGCUGGGAAUUGACAACUUCAAUGACUACUAUGACCCUUCUCUGAAGCGUUCACGCCAGGCCCUGUUGGAGCGUACCGGGGUGUUCAUUGUGGAAGGUGAUAUCAAUGAUGCUGCGCUGUUGAAGAAGCUCUUUGAGGUUGUGCCGUUCACGCAUGUGAUGCAUUUGGCUGCUCAGGCUGGUGUGAGGUAUGCUAUGGAGAAUCCUGGCUCUUAUGUGCAUAGUAACAUUGCUGGUUUUGUCAAUUUGCUUGAGGUUUGUAAGACUGUGAACCCUCAACCUGCUAUUGUGUGGGCUUCUUCUAGCUCAGUUUAUGGGUUGAAUACUAAGGUCCCCUUUUCUGAGAAGGAUAGGACUGACCAGCCUGCUAGCUUGUAUGCUGCUACUAAGAAGGCUGGUGAAGAGAUUGCUCAUACUUAUAACCAUAUAUAUGGCCUUUCCUUGACCGGUUUGAGGUUCUUCACUGUUUAUGGACCUUGGGGUAGGCCUGACAUGGCCUACUUCUUCUUCACUAAGGAUAUUUUGAAGGGGAAGAGCAUCCCCAUCUUUGAGGCUGCGAAUCAUGGCACCGUUGCUAGGGAUUUUACUUACAUUGAUGACAUUGUGAGGGGCUGCUUGGGUGCGUUGGAUACCGCGGAGAAGAGCACUGGCAGUGGCGGGAAGAAGAAGGGGCCGGCGCAGUUGAGGGUGUUCAAUCUGGGGAAUACUUCUCCUGUCCCGGUGAGUGAGCUUGUGAGCAUUUUGGAGAGGCUGUUGAAGGUUAAGGCGAAGAGGAACGUGAUGAGGUUGCCGCGGAAUGGGGAUGUGCAGUUUACUCAUGCAAACAUUAGCUACGCGCAGAGGGAGCUUGGGUAUAAGCCUGUCACAGAUCUUCAGGCUGGUUUGAAGAAAUUUGUGCGGUGGUACCUGAACUACUAUUCUGGUGGGAAGAAAGCUGUUGAGUGACAGAUUCUUUUAGCCACAUGAUUGGAUCUUUGAAUUCUUGUUCAUUGUGAUUCUUGUGAUUGUUCCUUAAUUAGCAUUUCUUUGUUAGUUGCAUGAUCACCAUGUUUCAUAGCUGUCAAAGAUACCAUAUCAGGAGGAAACAAGGUUCCUGCACUGAGGAAGUUUUGUUGCCGGUGGAGACUGGAGAUUAAUGCCUCUGGGAACCUAUUUCCAGUGUCAAAGAAAACAAGAUACAUCAUAUUCUCUUUUAUUCUUUUUUCCUGAAUGUAAUUGUUGUAGUUUUAGAAAUGUAGCAUUCAUGACUGAUAGAGCAUAUGCUGAUUGGUGGCAGUGUAUAAUUGUUAAGAAAAAAUGAGUAAAAUCAUACAAUAGUUUGAUUUCCAGUUUUCGGACUGAAUGAAUCAAUAAGACAUGUAUUUUAUUUGCAUAUGUAAUUUUUCAGCUAUAAAUGAACUCCUGUAUUAGUAA